UAAUAGGAAUAAAGUAGUCGAGAAAAGCUUAGGUUAAAAAAGACGGCACAAAAAACCAAACUCCUCCUUCCUUCUUACUUUUCGCCAUAAUCAGCAAAGAAAACAGAAAGACAAAACAAACGGAGAAGAAGGCGAAAUGGAAAGCGGCGCCGUUUUGACUGGCCUUCAGCCCAACUCCAGUCUUUGCUCCUCCCGCCAUUCAUCUGCUUCUCCUCCUCUUCUUCUCAGAAGCCAUUUCUCCUCUUCUCCUUAUUCUCUCAAGCUGCAAAAGCAACAGAUUUCUUUCGCUUCUUCUUCUUCGUGCCAAUUGCUCUCUCCGGUUGUUCGCCGCAAUGCUACGUUGUCCGAUACUUACAGCGAAACGGUUGAAUUAGCGGACAUAGAUUGGGACAACCUCGGAUUUGGAUUUCUUCCUACGGAUUACAUGUACGUCAUGAGAUGUCCUCAAGGCGGAAACUUCUCCAGAGGUGAAUUGCAGAGGUUUGGCAACAUUGAGUUGAAUCCCUCAGCUGGAGUUUUGAACUAUGGCCAGGGGUUGUUUGAGGGUUUGAAGGCCUACAGGAAAGAAGAUGGCAAUAUACUUCUGUUUCGUCCAGAGGAAAAUGCAAGUCGGAUGAGGCUUGGUGCUGAACGGAUGUGCAUGCCAUCACCAACUGUUGAACAGUUCGUGGAUGCUAUAAAGGCUACUGUGUUAGCAAACAAACGUUGGAUUCCCCCAGCUGGAAAAGGUUCCUUAUAUAUCAGGCCAUUACUUAUGGGGAGUGGAGCAGUUCUUGGCCUUGCACCCGCUCCCGAGUACACAUUUUUGAUUUAUGUGUCACCUGUUGGAAACUAUUUUAAGCAGGAAGGUGUGGCACCAAUAAAUCUAAUAGUUGAGCAUGAAUUGCACCGUGCGGCUCCUGGUGGUACUGGAGGUGUAAAGACUAUAGGAAACUAUGCUGCAGUUCUAAAGGCGCAAUCUGCUGCAAAAGCAAAAGGGUAUUCAGAUGUUCUGUACCUUGAUUGUGUUCACAAAAGAUAUUUAGAGGAGGUUUCCUCUUGCAACAUUUUUGUUGUGAAGGGUAAUGUUAUCUCUACUCCUGCAAUAAAAGGGACGAUCUUACCUGGUAUUACUCGAAAGAGUAUCAUUGACACUGCUCGUAGCCAAGGGUUCCAGGUUGAAGAACGUCUCGUGACUGUGGAUGAAUUACUUGAUGCUGAUGAAGUAUUUUGUACAGGAACAGCUGUGGUUGUGUCACCUGUGGGCAGUAUCACUUACCUUGGCAAAAGGGUGGCGUAUGCGGAUGGGGGUGUCGGUGUUGUGUCGCAAAAACUCUACUCCGUGCUUACCAGAUUACAGAUGGGUCUCACGGAGGACAAGAUGGGUUGGACUGUUGAACUGAGCUAAACAAUAUUCAUCAAAAAAAGUUGUAAGCAUGGUCACUUUUGCAGAGUCUUGCAAACUCUCAUGUUACAUCCUUCCCGUGUCAGACACAAAUGUGUUGUUUUGUUUACUUUCACAUUCAAGGAUCUGUAGAUAGUUUUUAAAGUGGUAUUGGAUAUUUGAUGUGUUUUGACGAGUAAUUUUCUUGCAUUAUAAUAUUCGUUUCCUGACA